AUGACGGCGAUGAAACUGUGUGCAAGGUGUAAAUCAGAGCGUGCGACUGUUGAGUCGCGAAAGGAGCCUUUUUGUAGCGAAUGUUUCACCAAAUUUGUUAGUUUGAAGCAAAGGAAACGGAUGAUGGGCGAUGACUACUACCGUGACUGUUUUAAAGUGUCAUACGGGCCAAAUAAUGGGGAGGAUUCUAAGACGCUUGCAUUGUUGGUUUUUGAUUUUGAUAGUUCGUCGAUUGUUGCACUUGACGUCAUUUGUCAAGUUUUAAGAGAGCAAAAAAGGCAGCACAGAGGGAAAACUGGGUUCAGAGUAAACGCACUCGCUGUUGUGGAGAAUGCUACAGAAUUGGCCGAAAGGAAUAAGAUGUGGUCAUCUUUGAAAAAAAGCGAGAGAUACAGUGACGGCGUCCUUGAUGAUGUUGAAUUGUAUUUACUAGACGUCAAUCAGUUUUUCGAAACUUCAGAAUUAAAACAGAUUGUUUUGCAUAACGAGGAUUUUAUUGCGAUGUGUAGUGACGCAAAUGAAUCCAACUAUACCUUGGACGGGUUUUUGAAUUUGUGUCCGAACAGGAACACCAGAGAAGAGUUUUCCACGUACAUUAAAAGAAGCAUGAUCAAGAAAUUUGCAUAUCAAAAAGAUGCCAAAGUUAUAAUAUGGGGCUAUUCGAUGACAAAACUGGCAGAUGAGAUAUUGGGGCUUGUUGUAAAGGGUAAGGGCGCAGAUGUCUCUCAACUGCUGAAUAACGAGUGCUUUGAUGCGGACUUUAAUAAUGAAUUCAAGAACCUACACCCAUUGAAGGAUAUCCUGCAGGCCGAGCUAGAUGCAUUUUGUUUAGUUACAGGGCUCGAUCAAUACCUUUUGAAGUGUGAACUUUAUAGCACAUUGAUUCUAGACGAACAUGGAUCUAAGGAGGAUUCAAAAAAAAAUGUCAAUUCCAUGAUUGUGAGGAACAUGACAAUGAAUGAAUUGAUCAGUAAAUAUUUUGAGGAUCUUGAUAACGAGUACUCGAAUAUUGUGGCCACGGUUCUAAGAACUGGCGAUAAAUUAGAGUCGCCAGUAAGACUGUUAGAUGGUAAUGCACCAAAGAAAUGUACACUUUGCGAUCAAGUUAUUUAUACCGAUCCCUCGAGCUGGCUGAGAUCGAUUGCUGUAACUAAAGGGCAGCCCGUUACCACUGAAGAGGAACAAAAAAACUACGAUCUUUGGAAAGACUCAAAAGUUGGCGAAGAGACAACGGAUUAUUUGGAUCUGAGGAAUAGAGUUUGGAAAGAGAAAGACGAGACUCCGUUAUGUUACGGUUGUAUUAUUAGUCUGAACGGUAUAAAACAGAAAAACGUUAUAUGGCCUAAAAAUGACGAUGAGGAGUUGCAGAGUAUUCUUGCUGAUUAUGAGCUGUAA